AUGGCUUCUAAAGAAAUUCAAAUUAUUUUGUCUUAUAAAGCGAAAUCGAAAAUUUACCAAGUUCAAGUUGAUACUGAGUCUUUGGUGUAGGAAUUGAUUUCAGAGAUGCAUUCAAUACUGUAGCCAGGAAAUUAAUAAAUACUUGUUCUUUAUCUAAAUAAUGCUAUCCUUGAUCCAAAAAAGUAGCUAAAAGAUUAUAAUAUUGUAAAAGGUAGCUAGAUAGAAAUUAUAAUUACUACUAAUGGAGGAAGAUGA